GUCGCUCAAUGUAUACAUUCCACCAUAUAGCGUGCGUACGUAUAGCGCGCGCGGACGAGGGUUUUAAAAAGUCGAGUUUCUGUACCAGAUUCAAGUGAGCAGCACGAUCAAUGUAAAGAAAAUUUAGGGCCCAGCGCGAGAAUUCGCUGUUCGGGUCAUUUAAACACGGGGACCUUUCACCUCUCAUUAGCGUCGAGUCAUUUGUGGAUGUUUCCUAUAGAGUGGGGGAAGGCAGCCCCAUUGAUUCAGAGGUUUGGAAUUUGCAUCUGAUUGCUGUUUGUCAACCAAUAGCUUAACUCGACGACCGCGGGCACCGCCUCAGAUUAGACACAUAUGAUGUUACAGCCAAAUUAACCUCUAUAUCGAAAUCAAAUGAGGAAGCGACACGCGCGUCACGAGUUAAUGUACACUUUGAUAGAUCCCUGCCUUUAAAUCAAACGCUGACACAGCGCGUGUUGUUUUCACGGGGAAAUCGGGAAUGCGCCUUCCGCUUCCCAGGAAAAAACACUGAACGGAAGUUGAGCUGGUAGACCCUGUGUGGGGGUCGUCCUCCCCCUCUGGUGUCUGGUGUUGUCAGUAGAGUGAAAGACCAAGCCUUGCUCCUGCUCCGAUAAAGCCCGCCCCUCUGGAUCAAGUUUGUCAAAAGUGGUCCUGCCUGUCUUGGGGGGGAAGUGAAGGGAACCAAAUCCUAGCGAAUCCUGUUUCCAAGACAAUGAAGCUGCAGGCAGUGAUGGAGAACCUGCACAGACAGCAGAGAGCUAAACUACUGAUGGAGCAGGCGGGGCAGUCCCCUGCCUCUUCAGGGGAGGAGCUGAAAAGAAACCCCGCCUCCGAAGCGGAGCAAGCUCAGAUAGCAGCCUUAGCGGCCAUGCGUGCAGUAGCGGCUGGGCUUCAACGGGCCGAAAGCCCCAUGUCCGAUCGCAGCAGCGGAGGAGAGGAUGAUGAAGAUGAUGAUGAAGAGGAGCAAUACAAUAAUAUGAUGGGCUCUGAGGAGGAGGAGCAAAUAAAACAAAAAUGGGACGAAGAUGAUUUUGAGGGUGAGAUGGAAGAAGACUACGACGACGAUCUGGGCGAUGAAGGUCAGCCACAGGGUCGUGAGGUCAUCACACCUGGCAGAGGCAUCCUCCUGUUACCCCAACGCCAUAUACACCCCCAGAUGCUGAAGGCCAGGCCCGGCUCUGAAAGCGAAGCGCGUGCUUUGGCUCACUCCGCUCAUUCGUCCCAUGGGCCGCUCCAUGGGCAGGACCACGCAGACUGGACCUAUGAGGAGCAGUUCAGACAGCUCUAUGAACUGGAUAAUGAACCAAAGAGGAAAGAGUUCUUGGAUGAUCUGUUUAGCUUUAUGCAAAAAAGAGGGACGCCGGUGAACCGGAUUCCCAUCAUGGCCAAGCAGGUGCUGGACCUCUAUAUGCUGUACCAGCUGGUGACGGAAAAGGGAGGGCUGGUGGAGGUCAUAAAUAAGAAGCUGUGGAGGGAGAUCACGAAGGGCCUGAACCUACCCACAUCCAUCACCAGUGCUGCCUUCACUCUCAGAACACAAUACAUGAAGUAUCUCUACCCGUAUGAAUGUGACAAGAGGAGUCUCAGCAACCCAAACGAGCUGCAGGUAGCUAUCGAUAGCAACCGACGGGAAGGACGCAGGCAAGGCUUCGGUGGCUCACUCUUUACCUAUUCGCCCAACGGAACACCCACAAUGCUCUCUUCACCCAAGCUCACAAUGCCACAAAUGGGCAUCAACCUGCCCAGCAACGGUGCCUUGCUCUCAUCCCUACAGAAAGUGAAAAAGGAUGAUGAUGGGAUUCAUUCACGUAUGCCCAUGUCUCUGGCUUCUCACUCUGUAGCAGCAGCCCAGGCUGCAGCUGCGCAGGCGGCCACUAUCGCUCAGAUGGCUGCGCUGGAACAACUACGCGAAAAGCUAGAAUCCGGCGAACCCCCAGAGAAGAAGAUCGCCCUCCCGCUGGAAGAACACCAGCGGCUUCUGCAGAGAGCCUUGCAGCACAACCUGCUGGCAAUGACGGCACAGAUCCCAAUGAACAUCCGCAUCAACAAUCAAGAGAGCAAGCCAGACUCCGCCCUCAACCUGACCACCAAUGGUUUAAACAGCAUCAGCAUGUCAGUGGAGCUCAAUGGAGUCGUCUACACCGGGGUUCUUUUCGCCCAGGCCGCAGCGCCGGCCCCUUUGGGUGCAACUAAAAAAUCCUCCGCGUCCAACAGCGGACCUCAUUCUCAGUCUGUUCUCCACACGCCUACCUCAUCAUCCUCAAACAACCAAUCACCUUAACACUUCAGACUCUCCCUCUCAGUGCAAAACCAAAGCCAAAAAACCUCAGUUACUACAGAAGAUAUGCCAAAAAUAUAUAGAAACAAUACAGGAUCACAUAAGCAGUUCUCAACUUGAAGUACACUAGCUCAGGUCUUUUAUUUACACCCUCCUUUGUUUAGGAGCCAAGAGAAAUAAAAAAAAGACAAAGUUUAUCAUAAAGAUGAUGAUAUAUAAUGUACAUGCAAACCUGUGAAUAAUUUAUUUCUCUUUCUGUGAGCACACUGUCUGGCAUAAACCGAACGGCCGUAGGAUUCAUAGGGUUUUAUCGUCUCUAAAUGACGAGAGCUUUUCAUCUUUAGGAAAAACAGUAACAAUAGUAUUAUUGUUAUAACGUGUGAUGCAAACUGCUUAAGGGUCUGAUUUAUUAAUAUAUUAUUGUAGCUGUUUUUUGUUGUUGUUAGUCUUUAUGUAUCUGCAGUGCCUUGUGAAGGUUUUCCUUUAGCACAGUUUAUAGACGUGCUGACGAUGACCGAUGAACACCCUACUUCACUGACACAAUUUGGUCAGAAGUUUUUUUUUUUUACUUUUGAGUAUUCACAUCUAUGGAUUCCCAUCUGUUAUGGCACCAAUGAUCUUAUCAUUAAUUGUUAACAAUCAGGGUAAAAAAGCUGAUUUAGUAGAAGUACAGCGUGCAUUUAUAGAUAGACACAACUACUGGCAACGACUGGCGUCAGAAUGAAAACUGCCAUAGUUUGCAUGCUUUUUUUUGAACCCAAGUUUGGUCUAAAGUGGAAGUGAAAACAGAUCAGGAUGUUUAACUUGUAUUAGGGUAGAUUUGGUGUCGCUCGGUGGACAAAAAUCACAGUUUGACUCCAAUUUAGGAUUUACACGCACAGAUCAUCUCUCAUUCGAUUUCUACACUAACUGCUUCGUGUCUUUCUGCUUAACAUGUUUCAGUCCUGAAUUUUAUUGAGGGGUCUAAUGAUGCAGUGCUUCAUUUUGAAACGCAAGCACCGUUGUUGGUUAUCGCAGUGUUUGUUCAGUAAGAGUGUGAGAAUGAUAGAUUUGAUAUCAGGUGUUUCUCUGAACAGUGUCUCGCAGAAUAAAACCUCUCCUGUUAGAGUUCAGGAGGAUGUGGCUUUCUCUAUAAUAUUGCAACACAUCCUGCAGGGUUGUUUUUGAUUGACUAGGAUGUUUUUCCUGUUAACAUGUAGCUGUAUCGAACCGUGUCAAGCUCCUCUAGCAUUACACUGUAUGCAAGGUCAAAAAUGCCUGUUUGGUGGGGUGAUGUGAAGUUGAAUAUGAAUCUGACAUUUUAAGUUGGGCAGAAGAGAAGAGGCCUUAUUUGAUCCAAAUCAUCUUCCUGUGGUUUUCGUGUUUCUGAACAUGAAGUUAAACGCCUUCUCAUCCACACCGGAAACAGUCUGGGAGUCGUUGUUACCGUUCUAUCCGUAUUUUUGUAAUGCGAAUUGUAGUGCAGUUUUAUACAUCAGCACACCUUAACAUAUCAAGCUUUUAAGUGAGGACAGCCAGAAUCUCUCUACCUCAAAAAAACAUUCAUCUGCUGAAAAUCAUUAACUUUUUGUGUCACGUGAAUCAAAUCUACUGAGCUGUCAUGUAGAACGGGAUUUCUUAGGUAACACUUGAAUUGUGAGUUUUAACUGUUUAACUGUCUCUUUAAUGCACGUUCUUAAAUGAUUUCUUCCGUUUCAUCACUCUUUAUUACACUGCUUGUUGGAAUGCUUGAUUCUGAUUGGCCGGUCACGACAUUUGCAGAUUCGUUAUUUCCAGAUAACAACCUAUCAAAACCAAUAACACACGGUAACCUGGAUGCAACAAAUCAUUGCAACAGGUUUUUUAGACAAACUAAAUAUGAAAUGUCUUUUAAUUAUAUUGUAUUUACAAAUGAUUGAACCAAGUUGCCUGUUCGUGACAUUUGAAUGUCGUUUCUUACCUAAAAACCGAAAGUAAACUGCUUCACAGAAGGUCUGCAUUCUUUAAAAAUGACUUAACAAAAUAUUUCAAAUUCACAUUACAUGUGGAUUUUUUUUUAUUCUCAUGUGGCAAGUAGCCGUGUAAUAAGCAGGAUAAUGUAUGAGCUGCUUGUACAUUAUCCCUUUCUUGGAAUACUCUCAAUGACCGAUGUAAUGUAACAGUACUUAAUUUCUGAUGGCCUUUAAGCAGUGCGUUUCGAUCAAAGAUGCCAUUGUCUUUUUUUUUAAGAAAAUACUGUUACCACGCUUAGUAAGACCUGAAAGGUGUCCAUGAGAAAGUUCAGUUUUUGCUCUGAUGAAUGCCUUAAUGUAUGCAAUUUUUCCAAAAAUAAUAGUAAUAUAGCAUGCUAAUGUAGUCAGUUUUAUUGCAAGGACAACCAAAAUUGCUGUACAAUAAAACACGCAAGCUCGUUUAGCUUUUAUUGCAUAACAUAAGCUUUGAUAGUGCAUUUUUACUCUGUUGAACUUAACGUCACACUAAAAGUUAAGUAAUUCACUUUCAGUACAUUGACAGCAAUGAAACUUAGGUUUUACGUUAAAACAAGACAUUUGUCGUCUUCUCAGGAAAUACACUUCUACCUCUGGUUAAAGAGAUGCAGUAUGUUCAUCUAGUACUGUGGUCACAUGUAACGUUUGUUCUACCUUUUUAUAAUGGAAAUACAAAAUAUUUGCCUUGGCACACUGACUCGGUUUUUUAUUUUACUUUAAAUUGCAGAUGCAAUAAGUAUGUUUUAGUCGUUUAAAUUUUCUUUUUUAUCUGAAUAGCCCUUCUUUAUGUGAGUGCUUUCGAGUUGUUUGCUUGCUUAGUUUCAAACGAAAUAGAAAAUUGCUCAUAGGCAAGAAUGCAAUGCGGCGUUCUGUGUAUUUUUUUUCUUUAAAUUGUGUAAUGUCAACCUCUUGACCGCUUCCUCUGGGGGUGAAGGACAAAGACAAUCCUAACCUAUUUAUCCUAAUCUCUCUUUGUGUGAAUAAUUAACUUUAUUUUGAGAAGAAAUAUAUCGAUAUAUAAUAAGGGGGAGGGGUGUCCAAAGAAUGUCCACAAAAGUGCUGAUAUGGCCUGGGAAUAUCACAGAUCGACUAUAGAUUUUAGACGAACUGUACCUUCCACUCUGAAUCAAUUGUUGUUACCCAAACACACGUGCAAAACAAAUGUAUAGUUCAGACAUUUUUUUCUUUUAAACAAACAAUGGUCUUUUGACUAAUUCUGUGGCUUUUAUAUGUUGUAAUGUACUGGUAAUUCAGGAGCUUCAGUUUGGGUGUGUCUGUUUUCUGAUGUUUAGAAUUUCUUUGUUUUGGAAAAAAGUUAAUGUUGAUGAGUUUUGUUGUCUUUUGAAGUUGACAUUCGAUAAUUGUCAAGCAUCAGAUGUUUCAAUGUUUGAUUUUCAAAAUUUGAGAUCUACAGCUGUAUACAAAAUAUUGAAAAAACAAUAAAAUCUAAUUCUGAUGCAA